AUGACAGUCAAGUGCUACGUGCCCAUUCCAUUCCCUUGUAGAAACAGAACAACGGUUUCAUGCACGCAUGUUUCUUUUCCUUUCCGGGUUCUUAGCUUCUGCACCAGUUGUUUGCCAAAAAUAAACACCAUUCCGCAACCAUAUAUGUGCAACAGCCUUCUGGUGAUUCUGAGCCCCCUCCAGCACUGCCGUUAUUCAACAAGGCCAGGAGACUAUCUUCUUUCGACCACGCUCUUGACGGGCUAUGCAUAUAACCCAGCUGAAUCGGGAAUGCCUUUUGCAUCUGUUUUCUUUUCUGGACAAAAAUAGUAGGAAAAAUUUAGCAAAAACAUGUCACAAGUUGCGAGAAGUGUUUGAGGAUCCUUUACUGUGGUCUUUGUUGAACUUUCAUUCUCCAGCUGAACUUAAGAAGGACAAUUUUCUCCUGGGACCUGCUUUAAAAUACUUAUCCAUCUGCUGGUAUUCAGAGAGAGUCAAGGUGUGUAACAUUGAGGACUGGAUGAAAAACAAUUUCCAGAAAGACUUCUGUAACAGGCAUGAAAACACUGUCAAUGUUUUUUUACUAGAAGUUUGCAACAGCUGUCCAAACCUGCUAUCUCUGACCCUCUCUGGAUGCGGCCACGUCACAGAUGAUUGCAUCUCGCUGCUUCUCAAGAACUGCCCAAACCUCAAGACACUCAAACUGGAAAACUGUGUGCGGAUCACCGACCAGACACUAGAAGCAGUGACCCUCUAUGGGGGAUCGUUGCAAACGCUCCACGUGGAUUUCUGCCGGAACAUAACACAAAGCGGGCUAGAGAGAGUCAGGGAAAAACAUCCUUCAGUAACGCUGAGAGCAGAGAGAAGUGCUAACAUGAUUCCAGACAGUAAGCCAGAAAAGAAGUUAAUGCUUGAAAAAGCAUCGAGAAAAUCGGUUCAUCUUUAAGCGUGACAAAUUGUAUCGCCUCAGUCAACGUGGGUAUUUUACUUUACUUCCCCUCUCCUCUUGGGUAGCGUUGCUAUGAACCAUGGCUACUUCCCGCGUUCCAGUUGAAGUCCAAACAAAGGGCGAGUAUGUGUCAAAAAGACUGCGCUGGGUAAAGGACAGUCAUAAGGAAAAACCUGAUUGUUUUCUUUUGUUCCUUGAAACUGGAAAAGCCUGCGUCGCCAUCACAAAACGCGAGACCUGAAUAAGGCGGCAGACUGCAAUUUUGAUACCCUCUCGUUGCAGAUGAGCGGAACGUACCUCGCUCGGAAGCAGCGAUCUGUUUUACGAAGGUAAAAUAAUAACGUGACGGAGCUCAAUAAAUUUGAUGGAAUGCAACAAA